UUGAAUGGUUGGAGUGAGUGGUGUGUGUGGAUAUCUACACUGUGGGCAGCCAACUAGUGUCUGUGAGAGAACAAGCAGAAGAGAAAAAGUUACUCUCCAAAUAUUGGAAAUUUUGCAAGCAUCAGUACUGCAAGAGCUGACGGAUAAGAGAAGAAUAAGAUAUUAAAAGGCUUGAUUUAUUUUGCUGAUCAUGGAUGUUGUCUGAAGACAAUUUUUAUCAUUAUUUGCUUAUUUUUGUAAGCUGAUACGAGAAUCUUUGUGGCAUCCUUGAAACUGAGCAGAGCAGGAUCACCCUCUAAAAUAUGGAUAUCAGACUUUGAGUGUUGCAACUUUCUAUGGCAACUUUAUUAUUUGUUUUGCCUUGAUCAGUUCUGUUGUCUCAAAUGGCUGGACUUCUUCUUUGAAGAAAUUGACAUAGAAGAAAAAGACAAGGGAAAGAAAAUUGAAAAGAAAAUAAAAUGAGCUCCCUGAUUUGGUUGCCUGGAGUGCUGCAGAGAUGCAGGAGAUUUGGUUUAACGCUUUUCUGGAUCUGCUGGCUUUUGCAAACCUGUUUCAAUCAUGUCGUCAUUGGUUUCGAGGUCCCGCAUGUGGAAGUGGCCAAGUUCUUACAGCAGAGCACACACUGGAGCCAUACGAUACAAGAUUUCGAAGUUACACUACCAUUCCAAGUAGACCACUAUGGCCAGUAUGUGUCACAUGACCUGUCUCCACAGCAACGCAAUAGGCGAAGCACCUCAUCGGCGACAUCAUCACUGUAUUACAAUAUUACAGCAUUUGGAGAACAGUUCCAUGUACAGCUACAACCAAAUUAUAAACUUUUUGCUCCCAGCUUUCAAAUAUACAGAAAAAAGCACAGAAGGAAAGAAAUGCAGAGGGUCCCAGCUUCUCCCAUGGUGGAGUGCAUUUAUACAGGGACUAUUUUGUCUCAUCACUCAACUGAAUCUCAUGCUGCUGUCAGUGUAUGUAACGGUAUGAUGGGGAUUCUCCGCACCUCCAAGGCUGAGUAUAUCGUCCAGCCUCUCCCAUCUCAUCUCCAUCGCCAUUUUGUGAAUACAAGUCAUGCCAGCGCUUCUCAUUACCCACAUGUUAUAUAUAUGAAGUCAUCUCUCCAUUCUCUUAAUUCAUCUUCCUCACAUGGGACUAACCACCUGUGUCAUAGCAAUAAUAAUAGUGAUCAUCUUAAAGCCUUAGACAAUAAACUACAGCCAUUCCAGCAACCAAAAGACAAAAAAGAUAAUGACGGUGAUAAAGAAAAUCAUCUCAUUCAUAAAAACCAAAGAUAUAAGAGAUCUACAGCAUUAUACUCACAUCAUCGUCACCGUCACCAUCAGCAUCAGCGUCGCGUGAAAGAUGGAAAGAAUAAGGAAAAGUUGAGGAAUUUGGAAACCCUUGUGGUUAUAGACAAAAACAUGCUAGAUGCACAUGGCGAUAAAAACGUUACCACUUAUACCCUCACAGUGUUAAAUAUGGUCUCUAAGUUAUUCCAUGAUAACAGUAUAGGAGAGAAGAUUAAUAUAGUCCUUACAGCAUUAGUAUUACUAGAGGGAGAUGAGGCUGGGUUGAGGAUAGGCAAAAAUGCAGAGAAAACCCUGGAUAGUUUCUGUCAGUGGCAGUCGGCCUUGAAGCACAGAGAAAACUUCCACCAUGAUCAUGCCAUACUGCUGACAGCAACAGACCUCUGCGUCAACGAGUACGGCCCCUGUGAUACUCUGGGUUUUGCCCCCAUCCAGGGUAUGUGCAGUAGCCGCCGUAGCUGUACCAUCAAUGAAGACACAGGACUGGGGGUAGCCUUUACCAUUGCACAUGAAGUGGGACAUAAUCUUGGGAUGGUCCAUGAUGGAGAGGGGAACUACUGCAGCAAGUAUGAUGGUGGCAUCAUGUCCCCUACGCUGUCAGUGGGGAAUGAUGGGGUGUUCAAGUGGUCAGUGUGCAGCAGGGAAUAUCUACAGAAAUUCCUACAGUCACAUCAGUCACGCUGCCUCAGUGAAGAUGAACCCAAGAUGGCGGCUGAUUACAGUUUCCCAGACAAGCUCCCAGGACAAAUGUACGAUGCUGAUACUCAGUGCAAGUGGCAGUUCGGGUCGUCUGCGAGUCUCUGUAAUUUUGACUUUGGUAGGGAGAUGUGUAAGUACCUGUGGUGUCAUACUGUGGGUUACAAGUGUGAAACUAAGUUUCUACCUGCUGCAGAUGGCACCAGAUGUGCACCUGGAAAGUGGUGCCUGAAGGGUCUGUGUUUACCAGAGGGAGACUCAGGGCCGGAGUCCGUAGAUGGCCAGUGGUCUGACUGGUCAGCCUGGACACUCUGCUCCAGGACGUGUGGGCGUGGCGUACAGCUCAGGAAGAGGGACUGCAACAACCCUAAGCCCAAAUUUGGUGGGGAGCAAUGUCCUGGGAAUGAUACAAUGUAUCAACUGUGUAAUACUGAGAGGUGUCCAACUAUUGGCUCCACCUAUAGGGCAUUACAGUGUACCUCACGUAACUACAUCAAGUUCAGGGGAUGGUACUACAAAUGGGAACCAUAUACAAAAGUUCCAGAGGAAGACCAGUGUAAGCUGUACUGCAAGGCCAAGCGUUAUUCCUUCUACUAUCAGAUGUCUACCAUGGCAGGGGAUGGCACCCAAUGUCUCUACAACCCCCAGGGGGUCUGUGUACAGGGGGUAUGCAGGAUCCCUGGUUGUGAUGGUAUCCUGGACUCUGGAGCUGUGGAAGACAGCUGUGGCAUUUGUGGAGGAAAGAACAACACUUGUGAUAAAGUCACAGGGACUUUUACAACACCUGCCAGACCUCAUACCUACCAUUUUGUGACCAAAAUCCCCAAAGGCUCAAUGGAAAUAGAGAUUCAUAUGCUGCAGAUCUCAGCCAGUUUUUUAGCUGUGCGUAACCUUCGCGGCAAGUACUACCUCAAUGGGGAUUGGCAGAUCCAGUGGUCUCGAAACUAUCAGUUUGGUGGCACCACCUUCAGUUACAGCAGGUCUUUCAAAGAUCCUGAGAGAUUAGAGGCUAAAGGGCCCAUCACUGAGGAUUUGGUCAUUAUGGUGAUGAUCAGAGGCCCCAAUCCUGGUGUGAAGUGGCAGUAUAGGUCACCACUGGCCUCCCGACUUCCUGAGGUUCACAAUAACAACAUCCAGACCUCCACAGGGUACAGCUGGAGAGUGGAGACAGCACCAUGUUCUCGCACUUGUGCUGGAGGAGAGCAGGUUGUCUCAGCAGUUUGUGUGAGAGAUGGCCAGACUACUGUCAGUGAAGAUCUCUGUGAACAGAGCAGUAAACCAGUUGUUGGCCUGAAACCAUGCAACCAGCAGCCAUGCCCUGCUAGGUGGGAGACAGAACCCUGGGGAGACUGCAGUGCCAGUUGUGGAGGAGGGCAUCAAAAGAGGCGUGUCAUGUGUAUGCAAAUGAGGUCAAGGUCAAAUGAUGUCAGGGUCAAGGGUCACCACUGCCAAGGUGUGAGGCCUCACAGAAGGCAACAGUGUAAUGUCCAUCACUGUCCACCAAUGUGGCAGACAGGGAGCUGGUCAGAAUGCUCUACAACUUGUGGUGAGGGGGUCAGGACGAGAACCAUCGAGUGUAGAAGCCUGAGUCCCAGGGGGGACACCAAGUGGCCAGACACCCUGUGUCAGUUUCAGAAGAGGCCCAACUCUACGACCACGUGUUAUCAGCAGGCAUGCCUUAGACCACGGUGGUCAGUAGGGAAAUGGACACUGUGUUCAGUCAAAUGUGGGAGGGGACAGCAAAGGCGCUACCUCCGCUGUUUCAUAGAAAACAAUAUGGUGGAUGACAAGCGCUGCGCCAGUGUGCCAAGACCAGUAGUGUCGCUGAUGAAGGAAUGUGAUGCGGGAAAGCAGUGCUCUGUGAAGGGGAAGUGGUACGCCUCUCCCUGGUCACAGUGUUCAGUGUCAUGUGGUGAGGGAGAACAGACCAGGUUUGUCAAGUGUUUAGGAGAGAAUGGAGAAAAGGAAAAUGAAGUGACCAUUAACUGUGAACAGUCUUUCAAACCAACUACCUCCCAGACAUGUAAUCUUCAAGCUUGCCCAACACCUAAGCCCUGUGAAGAUGAGUAUAAGUGGUGUUAUCUUGUUCCACUCCAUCAUUACUGCAGUAAGAAAUAUUAUAGUGCUACCUGUUGUAAAUCAUGCCGAGGAACAUGACAAAGUCCAAAAUUACUAAUUUUUUUAAGUAAAGCAUGCGUCUUAAGCCUCUAAAUUAAGUCCAGAUAAAUUUUGUUUUUUAAAAACUUUAGCAAUAUAGUAUUUCAUAAUCUCUGAAAAUAAAGGACUAUGCUUGUUUUUGAAUUUUGUUAUGUUCAUUAAAAAUGUUAUUUAAACCUUUUGUUGAAUACUUUAAGUUUGGUUUCUUUGAUAAAAAUAAAAGAUCAUUGUAGUUGUCCAAAAGUUGUACUUUUUCAUUAUUAUUGUUUUUAAAUUCUUAUCAGGAAUUCAGUUACCUGUACUGCAGCUUUGUUCUUUGUCAAACUUUUUCCUGUUAAGGAUGUGGACUGGGGUGUGCAUGUGUCACCUUUAGCUGACUAAUUUCUUAUUUGUAAUAUUUCUGGUUUUAUAUUGUUUUGUUUUCAUACCUUGUUAUUUUAAUGACCCCCCCCCCCCUCCACUCCUUAUCAUAAGUUCAAGUUAAUGAAUAAUCACUGAAGAUACUUUGUGUUGCCCUCUUUGAUAAGAUAUGGUCAAAUUGAUAUUUGUUUAUUAUUAUGUGGCAUAAUAUGAUCAUAUGAAAGCAGGGAUAGAUUAGCUUUACACUAUAGUUAUUGUUCCAACCUGACUCAAAUAUUUUAAAUUGUUUUAAUCAAUGUCAGCCUCAUUUAAAUGUUUUAGCAAAUCUGAGUAUUAAAUUGGUUUAUACCAAAGAUGGAUAUAUAUAAAUUAAAAUUAAAUGUAAGUUUUUGAUGUUAUGUUAAUUUCUAGUGGGUAAUGUGUUUGUUAACUGUAAUAUGUAUAAACAUAUUACAACUGUAUGUGACUAAAGUAUUUUUUCUGAUGAACAAGACUUUGUGAAGUUACUUGUCUGUUAAAGAGGCACUCCUGAACCAGAUUUUGCAUUUAUAAUUUAUGCAGUUUGUCUUCCAUUUAUACAUCUGUGUGUACAUAUAUGUAUUAUUCUGAAAAUUCUAAUGAUUUAUUCAUAAUUUAUAGAUCAUCAGGGUUUUUUUUACAUUGUAAAUUUCUUAUCAGUUAUAACCUUGUUUCAUUACAUGUAUAUAGAGAAGGAGAAACAAAAUAAAUUUAUU